AUGAACCCGCCGUGCGCGCGCUGUGGGAAAAUUGUCUAUCCGACAGAGAAAGUCAACUGCCUUGAUAAGAAUUGGCAUAAAGGAUGCUUCCACUGCGAGGUGUGUAAGAUGACCCUGAACAUGAAGAACUACAAAGGCUACGAUAAGAAGCCCUACUGCAAUGCGCACUACCCCAAGCAGUCCUUCACCAUUGUGACUGACACCCCAGAGAACCUGAGACUGAGACAUCAGAGUGAAUUGCAGAGCCAGGUGAAAUACAAAAAGGACUUUGAGGAUAGCAAAGGCAGAGGCUUCAGCAUUGUAUCUGACACACCAGAGCAACAGAGACUGAGGAAGACACAGGAGCAGAUCAGUAAUGCGAAAUACCACGAGGACUUUGAGCGGACUAGGGGCCGAGGCUGCACCCCAGUGAUGGAGGACCAAAGCAUGGAGAGAAUGCACCACCGGAACAAGCUGAUGAUGAGCGAGGCAGCCUACAAGGGAGUGCACCCACAGGUGGUGGAGAUGGACAGGAGACCCGGCGGCAUCAUCGUAGACCUUAAGGUGUGGCGGACGGACCCAGGCUCCAUCUUUGACUUUGACCCUGUGGAGGAUAACAUUCAGUCUAAAAGUCUUCACAGACUGUCUGCUCCUGUGCUACCUGGGGCGUACCAUCAGAGUGCUCAGCAGCAGCAGCAUGGGUAUGGCUACAUGCACCAGACCAGCAUGUCCUCUGUGAGGUCUGUGCAGUCCCCUCCAUCUGUCACCAUGAGAGUGUACCGGGCGCUGUACGACUACUCAGCGCAGGACCACGACGAGGUGUCCUUCCGCGACGGUGACGUCAUCGUCAACGCUCAGCCCAUCGACGAGGGCUGGAUGUACGGCACCGUGCAGAGGACCGGCAAAUCAGGCAUGCUCCCCGCCAACUACGUGGAGUGCUUCAACUAAGGGAUCCAUCUCAAUAGUCUUCAAGUGGUUUUCUUUCCUCUCCCCUUGUCUCCUCUCCUCCAUCUGCACUGAUUGAAUAGGUGGAAGGGAUAAGGUGGAUUGGAUGCCUACUGGGAAAUUGACUUUCACCAGUCCAGUUCUUUUCAUGUCAGUACAGAUGAAGGAGAGGAGAUGAGGAAAGGAGGCUACUCUAUAAUAUUGAGAUGCACCCAAGGGCUAGCCUUACCAUGGUGUAGGCAGAGUCCAUUCCGCAAGUGUCUGUUUUAAGCUUGGUCCUGGAGAGCUGCAUCAGUAAGAUACAUUAAUUGAAUGGAGUUGUUCAAUUUGCCUUGUCUAGACUACAGGCACAAACUAUCAUAGCCACACUAUCCUCUGAAAAUUAUGUUUAAAGUAAUCAUGUAAUACGUUUUGCUUUUGGUUUCACUUAAGGCAUUGGUGGCUUGCCCCACGUGAUCAGAGUUCAUGAAAAUUGUUUAUAUAAUUCAAUCAGAGAAUUGCAACCCUCAAAUAGACAACAUUAGCAGACAAAAAUACAUAUUCAAUGGAAUGCUGUCGAAAACAUGUUUCACACAAUAGAAAGCACAUUUGAAUUUGGUUAGGCAGUGCAGUUUCUUUUAGUUUCACACAGUAAACAGUGUUGUGUUGACUUCAUGAUCCCAAAAGUGCAGUUUUGCAGCACAAGAACAGUAAUGUUUUCGACUUAUCCUGGAAAAGUGCUUAGCGGGUUUGCUUGAAUAGAGCCCAACACAGUCCUCCAGGACCAGAAUGGGGCCUUCUUAUACUCCUUUGUAUUUCAUUUCUAUUAUUAUGUUUCGCAUUUAGACAUCCACACUAACUGUGUUUUAUGUACAAAGGAGGGAAGGGGAGAGGGAGUUGAGGAGAAAUCUAUGUUUCAAUAAUAUCCUGACAGUGAUUGCCAGAAAGUUAGCUGUUUAGCUUUUGUUAUUUCAUUAACACGUCGCUUCGUACUGUUUCUGUCUGAUGACAUAAGGGUUUGGUUUAAACCAGCUCCACAAGUAAAUAUAGUUGAUACAAUCUAUAGUCAACGAGUCACACAAUCUCACCUCUUUCUGUGAUUUUAGUGGAUUAUCUACAUCUCAUAUACCAGUUAAGCCUCACACAGGCUUUGAUUAGAUUAUGUCCACAUAAUUUAGAGCUAACUGGCAACAUGGUUGUUAUAUUUUGCUAUGUACACAGUUUCAAAUAACACCCAAGAAUGGUGUAUGAAGUUGGAUUGCAAUCUUGACAUUUCUGAACUAUUGUGAACAGUAUUGUGAUGAUCCUAUUUUACUCUUCAGGAUUGCAGACACUAAUGACAGUACAUGUAUUGGUGCAUGUUAUAAAUAGUUUAUACUGUAAUAUCUUGAGGGUGCAAAGAUUAUUGAAUACUAGGCCUACUGUGGCCAUUCAAUGACAUAGUUUCUGGAUACAUGGUAGCUGGGGAUCUCUUUAACAUGUUAUUGUAGAUUACAUGUUAUCAUAGAAUGUGGUAGCUAAUAAACAGAAAUGGCUAAGUUGUAAUAUUUAUUGGCCUUGAAGAGAAAAUAAUGGGACAGCAAGAAACAUCAUAGAUUUUUUUUGUCCAGUGGUUUAUUGCUUCGAGUAGUUCCGUUUUGAAAUGUCUCUGUAAAAGAAAAUGUUUUACUCAGUUUGUACACCAUCACUGAGUUUUAGUGAGAUGCCACUUUUUCCUGAGUUAACCAUUUGUUUUAUUUUUUUGUCAUUAACUGCAGUGUCACGUGUGAAAAAUAAAAACGCUUUGUCAA